AUGGAGAAGUUUGGCAUGAACUUUGGAGGUGGCCCGAGUAAAAAAGAUCUUCUCGAGACUAUUGAGUCGCAGAAGAAGCAGCUUCUUCAGUACCAGGUUCGGCUGAAGGAUGUCGUCAGAGCCUACAAGAGCCUACUCAAAGAGAAGGAAGCCUUGGAGGCCAGCUUGAAAGUAUUGUCCGUGUCUCAUGAGGCAGAUAUUGGCUUGAGCGGUGCUCAGCCUGCGUCUGUGGCUAGCUCCAGCUCCUCCUUUGCUGAUUCUGCUGAUGACAGGAGCUCUGUUCACAGCGAAGAUAGCAUGGGGACAGCUACCAGUGCAGACACUGCUGCCAGUCUGGCCAGUACCAAGGGUGAACCAGGGCCUGAGGAUGAUAAGCCUGCGGUCGCCACUUCCUCUCUUAAAUCAGAAGAGACGAGUGGUUCAGAGAGUGGCAUCAGCACGAGCAGCGGGGAUGUGUCAUCUGCUGCUAUUGAGGCUGAUAAAAGAGUGCUCCAGCUGAAGACCCAGUUGGCCACCUUGACCAGCGCUCUGUCAACAGUCACGCAGGAGAAGUCCCGCAUGGAAGCCUCCUACCAAGCAGACAAGAGGAAGAUGAAGCAGGACCUGGAUGACGCCAUUAAGAAAGCAGAGGAUGAGACCAAGAAGUUGGAGACAGAACUGAAGUCUGCCCAGGAUCAGCUAGCUGAGACCAAAGCCCGUCUGAUCACGCAGCAGCAUGACCGAGCCCAAGAACAGGGUGACCACGCUGUUAUGCUGCGAGAGCUACAGAAGCUGCUGCAGGGUGAGAGGACUUUGCGCCAGGAUGCAGAGCUGAAGCUGGAGGAGACCAGGGAGGUGCUGGCCGGGAGGGCGUGCAUGGCUGACCGUGCGGAGGGGUAUGAGCUGCAGAUCAAGCAGCUGAGCCAGGAGGUGGAAGACCUGAAGAGGGAGCUGAAAGCUGUUCAGGAGGAGAACAACAAGCCAGACCCUCGGAUACAGGAUCUGCAGGAGGAAAUGGCCAGCCUUAAGAACCACUUCCAAAUGCAGCUGCUGCAAGAGAUGAGGAAGGCUGCACAGGCAGAGGAGCAGCUCCGCCAGCACGCCCAGAUGGAGGAGCGGCGAGUGGCCGACUUGGAGGGCCAAGUCUCCGAAGUGUCAGAACUACUUGGCACUUACGAAAAAGCCAAGCAGAAAGACCAAGCGGUCAUUCAGAAGCUAAAGGACCGCAUCGUACAGUUGGACCUGGAGAACAAAACCCUGGCCAUCGCCGCCUCCAGCCGAUCCCCUGUUGACAUUCACGUAGAAGAAGCCAAUCUGGAUGUUAAUGUUCUAAAGGAUAAAAUGGAGAAGCUGAAGAAGCUCUUGCAGGCAGCCGCUAAGAAGAGUCAGCCCGCUCUGGACAUCGAGAAGCUGUGUGAGCUGGAGCUGCCGAAGGGCACUGAGGCUGCAGAUGGUGAGAAGGCCACUGCUUUGUACUACCAGCAGGAGCUGAAGCAGCUGAAGGAAGAGUUUGAAAGGUACAAGAUGAGGGCGCAAGUGGUUCUCAAGAACAAGUCGGCCAAAGAUGGCAAUCUGGCUAAAGAGCUGGAGGAAGCUCAAGAGCAGCUGGCUGACCUGAAAGAGAAAUACGUUGUGCUUCAGCUGUCCUCUGAUGAAAUGGAGAAGCAGCACCAGCAAGACAUGGAAGCCAAGAAGCAAGAGCUGUCCCAGCUGCAGCAAAUUCAUAGGCAGGAAUUAGAGCGAUGCCAGCUGGACUACAGGGAACGGGCGCUGAAGCUGGAGGAGGAGAUGCACAAACAGCGGGACCGAGCACUGGCGGUGCUGGCAGAAAAGGACCAAGAGCUGGAGCAGCUGAGGUCCGUCACGUUGCCUUACGGGCUUCAAGGAUCCAAAAACUACUUGGCGUCAGGGACUGAUGUUACUAGCAGUGACUCACCAGGUGACGAUGCCUCAGAGAUUCUCCCCCAGGCUUUUCAUCUCUCCACCACCAGCGAGCCCACCUUCUUCUUGUACGCAGAGCAGCUGGCUCGCAAAGAAGUGGAAAUUGUAGCGCUGAGGAAGCAGAAGCACAAGCUGGAAAUGCAAGUUCACCAGCUCCAGGAGAAAAUCCUGGCUGAGGAGGAGAAGCACCGGGAAGAGGUAUCCACACUUCAAAGCGAAAUCGAGAAGAACUUCAGAGAUAAGAGCAGAGAGGGAGCUAACCUGGAAUACCUCAAGAACAUUGUCUAUAGAUUCCUGACGCUGCCGGAUUCUCUCGGUCGCCAGCAGACGCUGACUGCCAUAUUGACUAUUCUGCAUUUCAGCCCAGAAGAAAAGCAAGCUAUCACAAAACAGUCGGCUUACAGCAGCUGGUGGCUCUCUGGGAAGAGAUGA